AUGGCGGCCGCCACUGUCCUGGCCGCCAUACUGGCGAUGUCCUGCUGCUGCUGUGCCGCGUACGCCACCACUGCAGCCACCACCACGACGGUGACGGCAGCGGCGGAGUCGGACCGCAUCGACAGACUGCCGGGCCAGCCGCCGGUCAACUUCUCCAUGUACUCGGGCUACGUCACGGUCGACGCCGCCGCGGGGCGCGCGCUCUUCUACUGGCUCAUGGAAGCCUCCGGCGUGCCAGCGGACUCCGCGCCGUUCGUGCUCUGGCUCAAUGGCGGGCCCGGGUGCUCCUCUGUCGCCACGGCGCUAUGGAGGAGCUCGGCGCCUUCCGAGUCAACCCCGACGGCGCGACGCUCUCCUUGA